AAAUUAAAAUUUUGUUUUUUAGAUAUAUGUAUGUUUAAUAUAAGAAUGUAGGGACAUCUAACUUAAACUAUGGACAUUGACCCCUUCAAUGAAGACGAGGCAGACAGACUAUUCUUACUGUCAAAACCAACAUGUUUUGUUGUGUUUGGAAAGCCUGGGUCUGGAAAAAGUACAUUAGCACGAAAAUUUGCAAGAGUGUGGAAAUGUGUUUUGGUAACCAUUCCAGACGCAAUACAAAGUGCCAUAGAGUGUGAAACAGAAAAUGGGAAAAAGGCACAAGAAUAUUUGUUUAAAGGGGAAGCAGUCCCUGAAUCGCUAAUUUUGGAGAUCUUAAUUGAAAAAUUAAAUUCUCCAGAGGUGAUGCAUCGAGGUUACAUAUUAAAAGGAUUUCCAAUGCUUUCAACUAACGGUACAUCCAUUGAAGAACAAUUGAAUAUGUUAAAGACUCUACCAAUGCCUCCAGAUUAUAUCAUUAAUUUAAAGAUUGCAGAUAACGACCUGAUGAAACGUAUUGUGGGAGUUAAAGUUGAUCCUGUAACAAACAAUUUGUACACAAAGGAAUUUUAUGAGAAAGAAUUUAUAGAAACUGCUGCACAAGAAACUAAAGAAGAUGGAGAUGAGAAUGAGGAGGGUGAUGAAGAGGAAGGAAGUGAUGUGGAUGAUGAAGAAUCUUCUGAAGAAGAGGAACUGCUUGAAGAUCUUGAUAGAGAAGAACAAACAAAAGAACUUUUCGAGAGAUUAGUUGUCCGAAAAGAUGAACUUUCAGAAAAUUUGUCAAAAAAUUUAAAAAAUUACAGAAAGCUCAUGCUGAAAAAAUUUGAGGACUAUAUUGCCGAAAAUGACCAACAAAAAGUUAUAGAACUGGAUGCUAACCUUCCUGCAAAAAUUUUGUACAAGAACCUGAUAGAAAAAUUAGAUGUUUCUGUGCUGGCUCGUGCUGUGGUGCCACAACGUCUUCAGGGUGGGGAAGACCAAGAAGAGAUUCCAGAAGACAUGGACACAGAAGAUAUACUUCGAAGUUUAGCGGUAUCGGAGAUGAUAGCACCUGGCUUUCGUUGGCGUAGAAGCAGAUGGAAUCGACUCUGUCCUGUUGCAUUAUAUGAAGGAGAAUGUAUUUCGGGAAGUCCAGAAUUUGCUGUCAGUUUUUUAGAUAAGAUGUACCUGCUGUCUUCUGUUGAAGCCUUGAAUAAGUUCAUGAAAAAUCCCAGACCAUAUGUUCUUCCACCACAGCCUACACCUCCCUGUAAACUGAUGGUUCUUGGUGCUCCGUUAUCUGGAGUAACAACUUUGUGCAAAAAACUUGCAGAUAAAUUUGGUGGCAAGGUUUUCAACAUGGAAGAGUUAAUAGCACCACGCAGGAAAGAAGUUGAAGAACAGCUAAUAAAAGACAAACAUUCACAACUGCUUGCUGAUUGCAUUGCUAAAGUAAAAGCAGACAGAGAAGCUGAAACGCUUGCUCGUAAAGUAUCAGUCAGUGAUAAUGAAGAGGAUUUUGAAAAUAAUGGUGAAGAAACUGAAAGUAAGAAAGAGGAAGAAGAAGAAACCGGUGAAAUUAUCGAGCAGGAUAUUGAUGAAAAUCAUCCUAUGGUAUUGGAUUUGAUGGCUAAAAGUACAACUAAUAUAGAAGAACCCAACAUUUCUGCUGGUGACUAUGUGGAUUGUUUAGAACAAGCUCUUCUAAAAAUGUACGAGGGGACGGAAAAAGGACCAAGUGCUGGUGGCUGGAUUUUGGAUAACUUUCCAAACACAAGGGAACAGUUUAACAUGAUGGUUGAUAGGGGCAUUGUUCCUGAUGAUGUUUUUGUCUUCAGAGAUGCGAGCAAUAAUGAAAUCCUUAUUAAUCGAUGGAUUGAAAAAAACAAUGCUGAUACAUCAACAAAAGAGGGUACUGAAUUGUUGCAAAAGUACCAAGAUUCUUUGACCAACUUUGAUCGUAACUGGACAAGCUUGCAGUCGACAAUGCUAAAUGCAAACAGCAUUGAACCAUUAAUUAUACAAUGCAAGCGCAAUGAAGAAGAAGCAUUUACUGUUGCUGCCAAUAAAAUGGAAGGUGUAUUCCAGUAUCAUGGUUGGGAAUAUACUGGUAUGGAUCAAGAUGAAGAAGAGGAAGACCUUGCUGCUCUUGAAGGAGAAGAAGAUGAAGAUGAAGACGAAGACGAAGAUCCAAACAAGAAGAAACCCUUUGGUGAAACACGCCAUUUUUGUCCCGUUAUGUUAAAGGAGCAAAAUGUGUUAUGGCCUGGGUCUUCUGACUGUGCUGUCAAAUACAGGGAAAAGAUUUACUUUUUAUCAAACGCUGAAGCCAGGGAAACUUUUCUGCAAGAUCCGGAAACGUUUCUUCCUCAGUCAAAACCGUUGAAGCCACCCCCUGUUAGAUUAUUACUUUUGGGUCCAAAAGGUUCUGGAAAAACUCUUCAUGGCAAACUUCUUGCGAAGAAGUUCGGAGUUUUCCACAUAUCGUUUAAAGAUCGCUUACAAGAACUAAUCAUUCACAAAACUAUGAAAAAAAUAGGUCCAGAAUUCGAAAAUAAAGUAACAUUGACCGAUUCAAAUGCUGAAGAAGAUGAAUCAGAUGCUUCGAAUCCAGCUGAAGACGAUACAGGAGAAGAAGAAGAGGAGGCAAUUGAAGAUACACUCACAGAGUUUGAAGAGAACAUUAGAAAUAAUAUACUGGAGAAUGAGCCCCUUAGCAAUGAAACGCUGGAUGAAAUCUUGAUGCCAUGGUGGAAGGAAGAACCAUACAGGACUUAUGGUUUUAUAUUGGAAGGUUUUCCACGUACCGCCGAAGAAGCGAGAUAUCUGGCGGGUACUGGUUUGUUUCCUGAUGUUACAAUUUCGCUGAAUGUGUCAAGUGAGGAUGUGUGUAAUCGGUUGAUGCCACCUUUGCUUGACAAGUGGAUAAUUGAACGCGAUAAAAGUCGUGUGGAGAAAGAAAAGAAGAAGGAGGAAAAACUAAAGAAAAGGGAAGAAGAAAGAAGAAGAAGAAAAGAGGAGAAAAUACUCGAAAAAGAAGAAAGAUUAGCGGAAAAAGCUGCAGCUGUUCGAGCGUCAGGAGAGGACGAAGAAGAAGAAGGUGCAGAAGAAGAGGAAGAAGGAGAAGUUGACAUUGAUGAAAUGAUUGAGUUGGAGAUGUACGAGGAGUUUGGUGAUAUCGAAGAAGAUGAGGAAGAAGAAGAAACACAAGAGGAAGCGGUGGAAAGAAUAAAUAUGGACCUCGCGGAAAAAUGUGACGAGCAAAUGUUGGAAAUUGAAAAUGUUUUGGAGACUAUAGAUGAUUUUACCAUUCCGAGGGUAGAUGUAGAAGCUGGAAGGAAACCACACAUCACGCAGUAUAUUCUUAUGAAGACAUUGAAACAACAAGUUCAGUUUAGAUCGAGCUUGUUUGACAAAUGUCAAAGUAUUACUUUAAGUUUGGCUAAAAAAUUGCUUAACAGUGGAUACAAGUUACCUAGCAGAUUUGGACGUUGGUGCCCUGUGAGGUUAUAUGAAGGUGAUGUCAUCGCUCCGUAUGUGUCAAAAGAAAAGCUUAGCUACCCUGUCGUGUAUCGCAAACAUAUUUACUAUUUAUCGAACGAAGAGAAUAAAGAAAGGUUCAUGCAGUCACCUCAACUUUUCCUGCAGCAAGCGUCACCGAAACCGCUGGUUCCAAUUAAAUUGGCUAUCAUAGGACCUCCGAAAUCAGGAAAGACAUCGUUGGCCAACCGGUUUGUUCAAGAACAUGGUGUAGCCCGAUUGUCAAUUGGUGAAGCUAUUCGAAAGAUACUCCAAUCACAUCCUAAUUCUGAGCUUGUUGAAGAAAUUAAAGAGCAUCUAUUCAAAGGCAUGGUAGUUCCAGAUGAAUUAGCAAUUGAAGCAUUAGAACUUUGUUUGCUGGAUACGCAAUGUGUUACGAGAGGAUUUGUGUUAGAUGGUUAUCCAGUCACCUCAAAACAAAUGGAGUUGUUAAGAGAACACAGCAUCAUACCUCACAAAGUAAUUGAACUCAGCAUACCUGACCACGUGAUCAUGCAGCGUGGUGCAGCAGAUAGAAAGUCACCAUCCAGGGUCUAUCCUCUUCAUGACAGUUUAACCAUUCUAGCCAUACGUGUUGCAUGCCAUCGAAAAGCGAGCAAAAAAAUACGCGAGUUUUAUGACAAUCAGUACAAGAAUUUAGUUACUGUGGAUGGUUUGAAAUCAAAAUGGUGGAUAUACUCGCAUUCUUUGGAAAAGGUUCAGCUCACAGUAUCUCAUAUUCAGUCCUACAUCGAGAAUACAGCCCAAGGAAAGGCUGCAUCCAUAAGCUGCAUGUGCGUGACGCCAAAAGAAUUUAAUGCUCGUCUUGAUAAAACAGGAGAAUACUGUCCCGUCAGCCUUGCUCGAGACGGUCAGCUGGUCGACUGUAGCAAAGACAAGUCGAACAAUUUAGUGGCUGAAUUCGAAGGAAAGUACUAUAAAUUCUCCUCUCAAAAAAACCUGAAUGAGUUUUUAAAUUGUCCAUCGAAGUAUGUGCCACCAUUGGCUCCACAUACGCUGCCAGAGAACCUACCUACAAGAAGAUCAGCUGUCUACGUGAAAAACAUGUUUCCAGUGCAAAUCGAAAUGAAAGGUUAUUGUCCUGUGACAUACUUGAAUGGGAAGUUGAGAUAUGAAGCAUUAAUACCAGGUGAGGCGGACUUGAUUGUUGAGUACAAGCAGAAGUUUUAUUCCUUGUGUUCUGAAGAGUGUUUGGAACAAAUGAUGAGAUACCCUGAAAAGUACGCUUCGCUAACGCUACCAGUAAAGCUACCACCAAAGAGGGAACCAUUGCUUGUUUCUGCGUUACCAAUGCUUGGAUAUAUGGAGCAAACUGUCUCAACUGGGAUCAUAAAAGCUCUCACUGCAGUGGGCUGUUUAAAGCCAAAAUAUCCUUUUCUUUCCGCGAAACGGUCAGCGCUGUUAUACAUGGCUUAUCAUUUGAAAGCUUUCAACCCUAACGCAAACGAGUAUGUCCGAAAGAAAUACAAGAAAAAGUUGCAAGUGUUCGAAGACGAUUGUAAUCUCAUCAGCUAUCUUAGCAAGAAUAUGAGACGCAAAUAUAUCGAGCCUGAAGAUAGACCGAUUGAUUUUGAUCACAAGCUUUUAUCAUUUAAAACCAUGAAGAGUGUCCAAGCGUAAAAGUUGUAAAUAUGGCACAAAACUAUUUUUUCAUGAAAUUUCAGUAUAUUGAAUUUUAAAAACGUUAAUAUAUUUGUUAAA